AGAGAUUAUUUCUCUUGUACCAGUACGAAGCAACGGCCUCCCACUGCCCUGUUCGAAGUUCGAACCUUAUCGACCAUGGCUGCUACAACUUGUAGUCUUUCAUCAAUCGCCUCACCAUUUCUUCCCCAGGCGUUUAGGUCAGUCGCCACACGAAUUCAAAUCACCCCAUCCCCAUGCUUCUCCAAAAUGAGGUUUCAACCCUUUCGUCUUCGGACACGGAGAAGUUUUGUUAUUCGAUGCGCUCGAACCGAAUCCAAAGUGGUCACGUUAGGCUCCAGAGCCCCAGAUUUUGAGCUUCCUGAACCUCUUACAGGCAAAGUAUGGAAAUUAGAAGAUUUUGAACCCUAUCCUGCUUUACUGGUUAUGUUUAUUUGUAAUCAUUGCCCAUUUGUUAUACACUUGAAAAAGGAUAUUGUGAAACUUUCGAAUUUCUAUAUGAAGAAAGGACUGGCUGUUGUAGCCAUAUCUUCAAACUCUGUUGCUACGCAUCCACAGGAUGGACCAGAGUUUAUGGCAGAAGAAGCAAAAGCAUUCAAAUACCCCUUUCCAUAUUUAUAUGAUGAUUCACAGGAAGUUGCAAGGGAUUUUGGGGCAGUUUGCACACCAGAGUUCUUUCUAUUCAAAAAGGUUGGGCGAAGGCCAUUUGAGUUGGUUUAUCACGGUCAAUUUGAUGAUUCUCGACCAUCAAAUAGCAAGCCUGUCACUGGGAGGGAUUUAAGUUUGGCAUUAGAUUGUGUUCUCAGUGGCCAACCAGUAUCUUCAGUGCAGAAACCCAGUGUUGGAUGUAGUAUAAAAUGGCAUCCGUAGAAGAAGCAAUGAUUACUAAUCUCAUUUUCUGCUUCCCGAAGAUCAAAUCUCCGAGCAAAGGCAUUCAAUGCAACACAGAUUGUUAAAGCCGAACCAAAAAGCAAUGUGAUUUCUUGAAUCAUUUGAUCCAUCCUAUUCCUGUAAUGUUUUCUUUUUUUUUUCUUUUCAUUUUUAUAGAGAUGUUUCCUUUUAUAUUGCCAGGGCCGUCAAAUGAAGAGAAAAAAAAAGGAUAUCGUUUUCUUUUUUCUGAUCCAAGUUCAAUACGAAUUUAACCGAGUGUAUCAUCCACAUUUUAUAAAAUGUAUGAAAUAUGCAAGUAAAUUUUGGUCUUGCUGCUUUUAUUGCUUCAUAACGGGGAACAAACCAUUUUGUGCUGAAAGCAAGUAUAGGACUUUCAUUGCAAAACUCAUCUUUACAGCUUGAUCUUUA